GCCCGCUAAGGCAGCGCAGGCACUCCGCCGUCUCCCCAGCCUAGCUGCGCGCCCCAGCGCGGCCCUCCCGCUGUCUGCCCGGACCACCCCAGCCGCCACGCUGCAGGACCGGAGCGCGCCCUCUCCCCUCGCGGGGACAGGGGGCCCCAUCACCGUCAUGCUGCCGGCUAUCUUCACGGCUUUGGCAGGGCUGCUGCUCCUGCCGCUGGUGGUGAAUUUCUGCUGUCCCUACUUCUUCCAGGACACGGGAUACUUACUGAGGGUGGCUGGCUUCAUCCGGCGGGUGCGCAGAUACGGGCAGCGGCGGCCGGUGAACACCAUCCUUCAAGCCUUUCAGGACAAAGUGCGCCAGACCCCGCACAAGCCUCUCCUGCUCUUCCGCGAUGAGAUGUUCACCUAUGAGCAGAUGGACCGACGCAGCAACCAAGUGGCGCGGGCGCUGCACGACCACCUCGGCCUGCGCCAAGGAGAUUGCGUGGCGAUUUUCAUGGGCAAUGAGCCGGCCUAUGUGUGUCUGUGGCUGGGGCUGCUCAAGCUUGGCUGUGCCAUGGCGUGCCUCAACUACAACAUCCGCUCGAAGUCCCUAUUGCACUGCUUCCAGUGCAGCGGGGCGAAGGUGCUGCUGGCUUCGCCAGAACUACAAGCAUCUGUUGAGGAGGUGCUGCCAAACCUGAAGAAAGAUAAUGUGUCCAUCUAUUACGUGAGCAGAACGUCCAGCACAGACGGGAUUGACUCUUUGCUAGACAAAGUGGAUGAGGUCUCAACUGAACCUAUCCCAGAGUCAUGGAGGUCUGAAGUCACUCUUUCCACUGCUGCCAUAUACAUUUAUACUUCUGGAACUACAGGUCUCCCAAAAGCUGCAGUGGUCAAUCAUCAGCGCAUAUGGUAUGCAAUCAGCCUCUGUGUUAUAAGCAGGAUUAAUAAAGAUGAUGUCAUCUAUACCACUCUGCCCCUGUACCACAGUGCUGCGCUUCUGAUUGGCGUUCACGGAUGUUUUUUGACUGGUGCUACUCUUGUUCUGCGGAGCAAAUUUUCAGCCAGCCAGUUUUGGGAUGACUGCAGAAAAUACAAUGUCACUGUCAUUCAGUAUAUCGGCGAACUGCUUCGGUAUUUAUGCAACUCACCCCAGAAACCAAACGAUCGGGAUCACAAAGUGAGAAUGGCGAUAGGAAAUGGCUUGCGAGGAGACGUGUGGAAAGAAUUCAUCAAGAGAUUUGGGGACAUUCACAUUUACGAGUUCUAUGCUGCCACUGAAGGCAAUGUCAGUUUUAUGAAUUAUACAAGAAAAAUUGGUGCUGUUGGAAGAGUAAACUACCUACAAAGAAAAAUUUUAUCUUAUGAUCUGAUUAAAUAUGAUGUGGAGAAAGAUGAACCUGCCCGAGAUGAAAAUGGAUAUUGCAUAAAAGUUCCUAAAGGUGAAGCUGGACUCCUGGUUUGCAAAAUCACACAAUUUACACCAUUUGUUGGCUAUGCUGGAGGAAAGACUCAAACGGAGAAGAAAAAACUGAGAGAUGUCUUUAAGAAAGGAGACGUCUAUUUUAACAGUGGAGAUCUCUUGAUGAUCGACAAUGAUGAUUUCAUCUACUUUCACGACAGAGUUGGAGAUACAUUCCGGUGGAAAGGGGAAAACGUGGCCACCACUGAAGUCGCUGACGUACUAGGACUGAUUGAUUUCAUCCAAGAAGUGAAUGUUUACGGAGUGUCUGUGCCAGGUCACGAGGGUCGAAUUGGCAUGGCUUCAAUCAAGAUGAAGAAAGGCUAUGAAUUUGAUGGACAAAAAAUCUUUAAGCACAUUACCAAUUACCUGCCCAGUUAUGCAAGACCCCGGUUUCUAAGGAUACAGGACACCAUUGAAGUCACGGGAACUUUUAAACACCUCAAAGCAAAGCUCGUGGAGGAGGGCUUUAACCCUGCAGUCGUCAAAGAUGCUUUGUAUUUCUUGGAUGACAAAGCACAGAUGUAUGUGCCUAUAACUGAGGACAUUUACAAUGCCAUAAAGGCUGAAACUCUGAAACUCUGAAUGUUCUCUGGAUGAUAACUCAUAUUUCCCGAAAGAAACUGAGUGGAUCCAGUACAGCCACCUGAUAGAAUCCAACUAUAAUUCAAUUGAAGAUUGUGAGGUGCAU